AUGGCAGAUCUGAGGGGCGCCGAGAUGGUCAGAUUGCCGUCCCCCUAUCCCGCGUCCACGCCGAAUGCCUCGCUCUACGUCGGCGAUCUGCACCCCGACGUCACCGAGUCCGAGCUCUUCGAGAAGUUCAGCCCCGUCGGCCAGGUCGUCACCGUGCGUGUCUGCCGUGAUGCCGUGUCCCGGAAGUCGCUCGGCUACGCUUACAUCAAUUUCAAGGACGCCACCGCUGCUGAGGAGGCCAUGCAGCAGCUAAACUUUGAGCCGCUGCGCGCACGCCCGAUGCGCAUAAUGCGCGUCAACCGGGACCCGUCCAAGAGGAAAUCCACCACCGGCAACAUAUUCAUCAGCAACCUGGAUAAGCACGUCGACACGCGAACCCUCCACGACUCUUUCUCGACGUACGGAAAGGUGUAUUCGUGCAAGUUGGCAGUCGACAAUAACGGCAACAGCAAGGGCUACGCAUUCAUCCAUUUCGAGAGGGAGCAGGAUGCGGACGCGGCCAUUGCUGACGUCAACGCCAAAAACGUCGACGGGUCGCCCGGACGAAAGGUCCGCGCAGCGAAAUAUCUGUCCCGCACAAGUCGCCUCAGGGAAGCCGAGAAUUCCUUCACCAACAUCUUUGUCAAGAACUUUGGAAACGAGCUGGAUGAAGCCAAGUUCAAGCAGAUGUUCGGCAAGUACGGCGAGAUCAUCAGCUGCAAGCUCGUGCGCGACGAAUUCGGCAAGUCGAAGGGAUUCGGCUUCGUCGCCUACAAGGACCCUGAGAGCGCCAAGCGAGCCAUUGCUGCCUGGAAUGGGAUGUCGCUGCCGGGCUCCAGCCUGAUGCUCCACGUCUGCCGCGCCCAGACGAAGCAAGAGCGCACGGCCGAGCUGAAGCGACAGUACGAGGCGGCUCGCCAGGCCGGCGCCAACAUCUACAUCAAGAACAUUGGCGAGGGCAUCGACGACAAGAUGUUGUACGAGAUUUUCAUGAACUGCGGGCCGAUAACCUCGGCAAAGGUGAUGACUGAUGAAAAGGGCUCGUCCAAGGGCUUUGGCUUCGUCUGCUUCGAACAGCCGGAAUCCGCUUGUCGCGCCGUCAACAAGAUGAACAACACGCUCUUCUUCGGCAAGCGCCUCUACGUGGCCGUGGCCCAGCGCAAAGACGACCGCCAUAACCUGCUCGCCUCCAAGUACAUGAGCACGCAGGCCCAGCAGCGCCUCGCCGAGAUCAACGCGAUGCCCAAGAUCGGCGGCGGCUACUUUGCGCAAAGCCAGAUAGCUCGCGUGAACAACGUCGUGCCGCCCUACCAGACUGGCCCCACCCUCAUCACCCCACAAUAUGUACCACUACCUGUAUACGAGAUCCAGCAGGCCCCGAGCGUCGGAUUCGCCAGCUACGCCCAGCCCGUACAGCCACAGUACGCUCACCCGCAAAACCGCGCCGUCGUCCAAGUUGGCGGGUUCAACCGCGAUUCCGAGCAUCCGCCAAAAGUUCUGCCGCAGAACCCGGCGUGCACGAGGCCCGUCGAGCAGACGGACAACCCGGCCACCGAGCCCCUCGACGCCUUCUGCCGGCGUGUAGCCAUAGCGCUUCCUUAUGUGAAACAAGGCCUACUCGGCGAGCGCAUCAAUCACCAGCUUCGCAAUUCCAUGUCGCUGACCGAGGAGCUGGCACGCAAAGUGACCGGUUUCCUGCUGUACGGCCUGCCCGUCUCCGAUUUGAUCGACAUGGUCAAGGACGACGCCGCGUUCCGCCGUCGCACCGAAGAAGCUAUUGACUUCCUUGCCCGCGAGGCCAAGACU